GUCCUCCACCAUUUCGCUGCGUAAAGUCUCCUCCCCGCGACCGCUACAUUCUGCGCCGAAACCCAGUCUCUCCCGGUCCGUAUUUUAACUUCUUCCCACAGACCUAGUGGUACCUCGUUGGGUACCGGGAGGCAGUUUGGAUUACUGGCAUCACGGAUUGAGUGCGAUUUUGCGCGGAUGACGACUCCUUCAACGAGAAUUUAGUAAAAGAAAAUUGGUCGGAAAUUUCAGAAUAUGUGGAGGGGACCGUAAUUUCAGCAUCCUGGAAGUAGAAAGCACAGAAGAUCUGUGUCUCACACCACAGACAGGUGCAGUGUGUAGUCGGGGCAGCACAGAGGAAGGAAGCUCUGGGGAGGAGGCGGUGCGGCAGCACGCCUCUCCGGCUGUGGAUGUGCUGGGUGGCAACCCCCAGGCUGCACAGAAUGUGGCUGGGGAGUCACCUCGGCAUGCCCCGCAGCCGGUCGCAGCUGCCCCCCGCCCAGUCCCUCCGUUCACCAAUCCGUCCGCUGUGCCAUUGCCGAAGAACAGCAGCUCAGCGUUCCCCGGCAUGGAGAACGCCCCUCCAACCAGCUUGCCUGAGACUCUCCAAGUCAGCAGCGACUCUCAGGACGUCAUCUCAGAAGAGGUCCUCGCUGAGGAGAGCGUUGCCGAAGUUGACGGAGUUGCGAGAUCCUUGCCAACAUCGCUCAUUGAGGACUGUAGUUCCUCUACUGAGAUGCAAAGGCUUCCAGCUCCCCUUUGUCCUCCUCUCGCCUCACAGAUUGACAGCACAGUGCAAGAGCUGCAAUACGGGUCACAAACUGGUAAAGAGAAAAGCCACUCGAAUACUCAGACGAACCAGAUUCAGCCACCUAGAGACGGUGCUGGACUUGUGCUUAUUACGGGGACAAAGGAGACACAGGCCAUCACCUUGGAAUAUAAACCAGAGACUGGAACAAAUAUGGAACUUGGUGGAAAAGAGCACACAGGUGGAAAUAUUCUCCUGCAGCCCCAGUCCCAAAUCUAUUUCACAGUCACAUCUCCCUCGGUCCCACAAUCAAGUGUUGGUUUUAAAGUCACCGCAGCACAUGGGGCUCUGGGGCAGUCUGACAGGGGUUCACUUGUCCACGCAAAUCAAGGCAGCCAUAUACCUCCAUCAGGUGCUGCGAAGCAGGCAGGCGGUCACCAGGACUCAAAACUGUCUGCGCUCCAUCUAUCCUCAGCUGAAAAUAGAGAGAUUAAACAAACUUACCUGUCAAAAACACAGCCGAAAUUCAUCAAGGAGAUCUCAAAUGAUGCCAGAGAAAUACAGAACACAAAUUCUUUGGGAUCAUUUGAGACCUUUGAGCCUGUUGAAGCACUUGUUGACGCUUCUCACAAAGAAAAACAACCUCAUUCAGCUGAAAUACUUGAGACCCCAAAGGCAAGAGAAUCACUUCCUGGAAAAGGAAGCUCAGUGUCCAGCAGUAACGAGGGGAUCCACAGUCCCCUCGAAGAAAUGCAGGUGGAGAGUAGUACGAGGGAAGAACAAACUGACACGACCACCUCCUUGUCUGACACCACAAUGCUGCCAGAGUGCUCCUCCUUACAGGAGAGUUCCUCAAAACCCUCCACUGCGUCCCCCCUGUUUGACACAGGUCUAGUUGUCUCGCUGCAGUCAGGGGAGGUUAUUAAAGCAGGAACAUCUCAUACCUCUGAUCAAAUCCCCACAACACAGACAUCGCUGAUUGCCGAGCUUGUGCACACUGCCAAUGCUCAAGAAAUAGUAGUAGUCAGAGAGGAGGCUCAUAUCAGUGGGGACUGGUCUAACAUGCACCUGAAUCAGAGUUACCUCCUACAGCGAGAAGAUGGAAGCGUCUGUGAAGCUGCCAUUGUUAACGAACUGAGCUCUGAGCUCUCUACUGGGGAACCAAAGCUGUAUGAGGAAAGUGUUCAGGCAGAGAUGGAGUUAGACUCGCAACCUGUGGAAGUGUACCAGUUUUGCGGCCUGGUGGAGGAGGUUGCAGAGGAAACUGUCUGUGCCAGUAGUAGUGCGCAGAUGCCUCAUUCUCCAGGAUACGAGGUGAACCUAUUCAACGCAUUACUAGAAAACUCUGAGGAGUACACUAUCAAAGAGGACCUCGAAACAGCUAUCCACACAGUCGGUGAAAGUGGCACCAUCAUAAUUUCCCAGCAGCCUUUGCCUUCAUCAAGCGAUCUAAAUCAAAUACAGGCUUGCUCCAACAAUAAUUCCCAUAAUUUGUCCAUACAAAACACAAGAGUAGCUGCAGUUGAACAGCAUUUGGUGUUAGAUGCUAACCAAGCUGUUGAAGUGGCAAACUCAAGUGAGGUUUGUUUAGUUCAAGUAGCUGCUGUUGCCUCUGACUCAUUCACUGUUGAACAGUCAGACACCAGUGCACAAAUCGGGACACAUUGUUCACGGGUCAGUGCAGCAGUCUCAGACCAAACAGAGGUAAACGACUCUGCCAUAAUUCAGACAGUUCUCCCAAAACAGGAAACGGAAGCAACAGCUGCUUCAUUAUCUAUCUUAUCCCCAGUGGUUACCGUUUCUGGCGAGGACAUGGGGGUACAGUCGCCCGUUGCUGUUGCAGUGCACGUUUCUCAUGUAGAAAACCGGCCUUCCCUAAAUCAGACCCCAGGAGUCACUGUUGUAAGUGCCACAAAGCCUAAGGUCUGUGUUUCUUCUCAUGAAGGGACCAAAGAAACCCCUGCUAGGACAGAGACUCCAUCACAGAGCAUUCAGAAUGUUGUUGUGCCCACAGAAACCAAACCAGAGGCUUUUCGCACCGUUCACUCUGGUAUAAAUCCAAAGCUGCUCCUUCUCAAACCGGGAGAAACUCCUCUCCUGAAACACCCACCCUCCCUUUUGGCACAGGUGUCCAAGCAGCAGAAUGCGGCCGGCAAAUUGGCCAAUGCCCACAGCUCUUGGUCUGGCACCGUGUCUGAGGAGUGCCUUCCCCAAACUAUCUCAGCAGCAGACUCUUUAUGUGCUCCUGUGGCUCUCAGCAGCCAGACGGAUCAGACGCAGUGCUCUGUCAAUAAAACUUCGGUGGCAGCAGCUCCUGUCAGAGUGCAGCAGCCUGCUGUGAGCCGCAACAUUUCUCUCCAACUUGACCAAGCUGCAUCUGUCACCCCCACAACUCCAGCAAGCAAAUCUGAGGCCUUAACUGUUACCAAAACAGACCCUGAUUCUCAAGAUGUUGUCGGGCCUACCGAUGCCCCCCGACUCGCUACGCCUCGCGCCCUUGACACAGCGACGGCAGCGGAAACGGAGCAAACAGCCACGACUUCCACCGGUCCCCAGGAACAUGUUAGCCAGCCUGACUCCAUGUAUGUGGAGGAGGAGAGCGAGGACAUGGAGCAGGACGAACCGGCGGGAGAAACCGAGGCUCAGGAGGCCACUUCAGGACAGGUUAGCAGUCCAGAGGAAGGCAGUGAUGAAGAGCCUGACAAAAGUGACAUGACCACCCCCAGCUCAUCACACAAGGUAUUUUUUAUUAACGAUCACUUUAAUAAAUCGUCUUAUCAAAGACUGAGAAAGCUACAGAGUGGGGUAAAGAGAUGAAAAAGAGUUUUGACAGGAUUGUGGGAUCGAGGCCGUGAGCUUCAUAAUACUGAAGACUUUGUCCUUGAAGGUAAAGGAAUUAUGUCAGACUCCACUAAAAGAGGGCGUAGCUGAAGUGAAAAUGUUCAUGGGCGUCUUAUUAACAGCUACAAUAUGAUUAAGAUGAUGAUAAAUUGUGGUUAUUGCUGUUUUUGCUUUGUUAUCUGAGUGAUAUAUUGGAUGAAACUGAAGCGUACGUGCAGUGAGAGUUCACCAGUGCACAGGUUGUUUUACUUUUCUGAAAACACAACAUUUAUGUGCCGCACUGUGUAGAUGUACUGUUGACGUAAUCGUCUUUAAGUCAACGCUGCACCUGGAGAGUAUCAUUAAUUUUUCACCGUAGCUAAAAACAAAAGCAGAACUAAUUAACACACCGUGAUCAGGUACACCGGCAUGUUUCUACUGUCGUCACUCUGCAUGAAGUCCAUCUUAAUGUACCUCGUGUGAACAGUGUUUUUUUUGCUAUGUAGUGAUUUAUUUCUUUUAAGUUGGCCGCAUGCUAAGCCAUGUGUGUUUUCCAGCAUGGACAGAGCAGGACAGACAGAAAGGCACUGUUCCUGAAGGUACGCCAGUGGAUAGCAGACAGAGUCACCGUGAAUUCAUCACCCGUCUCGCCCUCCACGUCCUCCUGCCACCCCAGUCCCUCGCCCACCGCUGACUGGUCCACAACACGACGGGAGAGGUCCUCACCUCUGCGUGGUCCGCAUGGAAAGUUUGUUUCCCCUUCCUCUGUCGGAGGCUACAGUUCCUCCUCUUCCCCACCAGACCAGGCCACCACCCAGCGGCCCCGAGGAGAGCGUCACACUGACAUGGCAGAGCUGGCAAAGCAUGAAGCAGACAUUGAGCAUCGAACCCAGGCGCUGAAGCGAGAGGGAUUCUGGUCAAUGAAGCGUCUCACCCGCCUGACGGAGCCGCCGCGACCCAAAGUUCACUGGGAUUACCUUUGUGAGGAGAUGCAGUGGCUCUCUGCUGACUUUGCUCAAGAGAGGCGGUGGAAGAGAGGGGUGGCGAGAAAGGUGGUACGAAUGGUGAUGCGACACCACGAGGACCUGAGGCAAAAGGAAGAAAAAGCCAAGAGAGAUGAACACGCUAAGAUCAGAAGAGUCGCCUCCUCCAUCGCAAAGGAAGUCCGGGCCUUCUGGAGCAGCGUUGAGAAGGUGGUGCAGUACAAGCAGCAGUCCAGACUGGAGGAAAAGCGGAAGAAGGCUUUGGACCUGCAGCUGGACUUCAUUGUCGGCCAGACAGAGAAAUACUCGGACCUCCUCAGCAAGUCUCUCGCUCCCACCAGGCCUGCUGAAACCGUCCUGACUCCACAGAAAUCUGCGCCGCCUCCCGUGGAUGAGGAUGACAGAGACUUCGAGCCUCCGUGUGAGGAGGAGGACGACGAGGAGACCAUCGAGGUGGAGGAGCAGCAGGAGGGCAAUGAUGCUGAGAGCCAUCGGAGGGAGAUUGAACUGCUGAAGGAGGAGGGCAUGCUGCCGCUGGACCAACUGCUCAGCACCCUCAAGCUGCCACAGGAAUCGGGCUCAGACGAAGAAUGCUCUGAUGAAACAUCUUCAUCGGCGGGGGAGGAAGAGGAAGAUGGGGAAUUCACUGCCAAUGAAGAGGAUGCCGAGGAUGAGGAGGAGACCAUCGCUGCCCAGGAGAAAGUGGAGGGAAACGUAGAUCAUGCAGUGGAGCUCGAUGACUUAGCCAAAGAGGGCGAUAUGAGUAUUGAGGAGCUGCUGGAGAAGUACAAAGGAGCUUACGCCUCAGACUUUGAGGCCCCGUCUGCUUCCGGCUCUAAAGCGAGCUCUGAUUCGGAGGAGUCUGGGGACGACGAGGUGGAGACCGAGGAAGAUGAGAGCGAUGUGGAAAGCAACACUUCGUCCUCAGAUUCGGCAGGAGACAGCGCCGAAGAGGAUGAGAGUGAGAAGGAGGAAGAGGAGAGCGAGGAAGAAGAAGACGAUGACUGUGGAGAUGAAGGGAUGGAGGUGUUGCUAAAGGAGGGAGAUAACAGCCCACCUUCCACCAGUUCACGGCCAAAGAAGGAGAUCAGCCACAUUGCUGCUACUGCAGAGAGCCUGCAGCCUAAAGGCUACACUUUGGCUACGACAAAGGUCAAAACCCCCAUCCCAUUCCUGCUUCACGGCACAUUGCGAGAGUACCAGCACAUCGGACUCGACUGGUUGGUCACCAUGUAUGAGAAAAAGCUGAACGGCAUCCUGGCUGAUGAAAUGGGUCUGGGCAAAACCAUCCAGACCAUCGCUCUGCUGGCUCACCUCGCCUGUGAAAAAGGUAACUGGGGCCCUCACCUCAUCAUCGUUCCCACCAGUGUGAUGUUAAACUGGGAGAUGGAGCUGAAGCGCUGGUGUCCAGGCUUUAAAAUCCUCACAUACUUUGGGAGCCAGAAGGAGAGAAAGCUAAAGAGACAGGGCUGGACGAAGCCUAAUGCUUUCCACGUGUGCAUCACUUCAUACAAACUGGUGCUGCAGGACCACCAGGCCUUCAGACGGAAAUCGUGGCGGUAUCUGAUCCUCGACGAGGCACAAAACAUCAAGAACUUCAAGUCUCAGCGUUGGCAGAGCCUGCUGAACUUCAACAGCCACCGGCGGCUGCUGCUGACGGGAACCCCUCUGCAGAACAGCCUGAUGGAGCUCUGGUCUCUCAUGCACUUCCUCAUGCCCCACGUCUUCCAGUCCCACCGCGAGUUCAAAGAGUGGUUCUCCAACCCGCUGACGGGAAUGAUCGAGGGCAGUCAGGAGUACAACGAGGGCCUGGUCAAGAGGCUGCACAAGGUGCUGAGGCCGUUCCUGCUCAGGAGGAUCAAGGCCGACGUGGAGAAGCAGAUGCCCAAGAAAUACGAGCACGUGGUGCGAUGCCGCCUCUCCAAGAGACAGCGAUUCCUCUACGACGACUUCAUGGCACAGGCCUCGACCAGGGAAACGCUAGCCAGCGGUCACUUCAUGUCUGUGAUUAACAUCCUCAUGCAGCUCCGCAAAGUGUGCAACCACCCCAACCUGUUCGACCCUCGACCGAUCCAGUCGCCCUUCAUCACGCAGCCCAUCGUUUUCCAUACGGCCUCCCUGGUGCAGGACGCGAUGGAGGUCUCUCCUUUGAAGCGCUGCGACCUUUCCAUGUUUGACCUUAUUGGCUUGGAGAGCCGCGUGUCCCGUUACCAGGCAGAUGUCUUCCUGCCGCGCCACAAGGUCAGCCGCCAGCUAAUCCAGGAGAUCAUGGAGUCCCCCGAACCCCCUCCGAGACCCAAACCGGUCCGCAUGAAGGUCAACAGGAUGUUCCAGCCACCUCCUAAAGGUGAUAAUCGACCGGUGCUGCUGAUGAACAAACCCACGUGCUCGGUUCCACCUGCUGCUCAGAUCCCCAAGCCUCCUCCAGUCACUGAAGUGGCCUCAACUCCUCCACCUGCUCCUGUUGUUCAGCAAGUGGUGUGUUCAGUGGCACUCACACCUCCCACUCGCCCGUCUAUGCAUCCCACGGCUCAAACGGCAGUGCGAUCCACCGCUCCCAAACCGGUGCUGACCGUUCGGCCUCCCGCUGCUCCCUGCACUGCCAGCAUUCCUGCUCAUCCCAGUCCAAACGCCAGUAGCGUCAUGCCCCAGAGGGUUCUGCUCAGUCCAGAUAUGCAAGCUAGGCUGCCUUCUGGUGAGGUCGUGAGCAUCGCCCAGCUCGCCUCCUUGGCAGGUCGACCGGUGUCGUCAUGUCAGGGUAGUAAACCCGUCACCUUCCAGCUUCAGGGCAACAAACUGACUCUGUCUGGAGCUCAGAUCCACCAAGUCCCAGCAGCUGCCCCUCGCCCAGUUCAAGGUAAUGUGAUGCACCUGGUGUCCAGCGGGGUGCAGCAUCACCUCAUCAGCCAGCCCGCUCAGGUGUCUGUCCAGGGCACCGCCAACACACACCCUGCAAACACACCCUCCACUGCUGCUCCGGCAAACCGGCUGCCGAACAACGCCUCUGCUCAAGUGCCCUCGUCUGUGGUGAGCAGCCCCGGCGUCGUGAAGAUCGUCGUGCGUCAGUCAGCAGGCAAGGAAGGCGGGCCCGUGCCCACUCUGGCUGUGGCCCCUUCGCCUCGCGUUGCUCCUCAAGCAUCCCCUUCCCUGCACCCCAACACAACCCCUGUCAGGAACACUGCUCCACUGCAAAUUGCCCAGCGCACCCCCGGCCCUGCUACCGCCACCUACACCAUAGCUCCUCCCAGAAACCCCAGCUCCACCCCGAACCAGCCCCAGCCCCCUCGCCCCGUCCUCAAAGUAGUUCAGCCUCCUCCGGCAAGCACAGAGCAGCCAGCUCCAUCUCAGGUGACCUCCUCAUCCUCUACGUCCAAGACUUCAGCAGCACCGCGGGACAACAGCAGCAGUCAAACACCAGCCCCCACAAAGUCAAAGCCCAGCCUGAGUGCAAAAGCCUGCCCUCCACCCAGGAGGAUGCCUCGCCCGCCUCCACGCUCCCCUUUCUACAUGUCAUGGCUGGCAGAUGGCCACAAACAGCAGCGUGACAGCCGGCUGGACUUCAUCCUUCGAGUCAACGAGCUCCACUGUGGGGCAAAACCCGUGUACGGUCGGGAGGUGUUGGACUUCCUGACUUUUCUGCCCGGCCCUCGUCCGUCGCCGGCCGCCCUGAACUCUCAGCCGGGCUGGAGCCGCUCGGGUCACGGCAGCUGUCUGUACGCACAGCAGCAAAACAAACAGGACUACUGGUUUCAGAGCCACGCCGUCAGAGAGGCCAUCCACAGCAUAGAGGGGCGGCUGGAGCUGCUCACUGAUAUCAUAGACAGGUUUACAUUUGUGAUUCCCCCAGUGGAGGCUCCUCCCAUCUCGAUGCACUGCUGCCACCCUCCUCCCUCUCUGAGCCACAAGCAGGCCGUCUUCUCCUCCAUGUUGUCUACACAAGUCGUACCGCUCACCGGCAGCCUCCACCGCAUCCAGUGUUACAUGAGGACCCAGUUCCCCGACCUGAGGCUCAUACAGUACGAUUGUGGUAAGCUUCAGACUCUCCACACUUUGCUGCGAAAGCUGAAGACAGGAGGCCACCGGGUGCUGAUCUUCACUCAGAUGACGCGCAUGUUGGAUGUGCUGGAGCAGUUCCUCAACUACCACGGACACAUCUACCUCCGUCUGGACGGCAGCACCCGAGUGGAGCAGAGACAGGCCCUCAUGGAGCGCUUCAACGCAGACCGUCGCAUCUUCUGCUUCAUUUUGUCGACUCGCAGCGGAGGCGUCGGGGUGAAUCUGACCGGAGCCGACACCGUUGUGUUCUACGACAGCGACUGGAACCCCACCAUGGACGCCCAGGCUCAGGACCGCUGCCAUCGUAUCGGCCAGACCCGAGAUGUUCACAUCUACAGGCUGAUCAGCGAGCGCACAGUGGAGGAGAACAUUUUAAAGAAAGCCAACCAGAAGAGGAUGCUGGGAGAUAUGGCGAUAGAAGGAGGAAACUUCACCACCGCCUUCUUCAAACAGCAAACCAUCCGAGAGCUGUUUGACGUGAACGACGGGGAGAAGAGAGAGGUGGCGGUGGAGCUGUCGGUGCCUCAAGCUGAGGAGGAGGAAGGUGUAAACAAACAGAGCACCACUAUUCUGGAACAGGCGCUGUGCCGUGCCGAGGAUGAGGAGGACAUCGUCGCAGCCUCGCAGGCCAAAGCAGAGCAGGUGGCCGAACUGGCGGAGUUCAACGAGAACAUACCGCUGGACGACGGAGGGGAGCAGGAGGAGGUGGAGGAGCUCUCCAAAGCCGAGCAGGAAAUCGCUGCUCUGGUGGAGCAGCUCACUCCCAUUGAACGCUACGCCAUGAACUUCCUGGAGGCCUCAUUGGAAGAUGUAUGCAAAGAAGAGCUGAAGCAGGCUGAGGAGCAAGUUGAAGCUGCCAGGAAGGGUCUGGACCAGGCCAAGGAGGAAGGCCUCAAGCUCCACGCUUCAUCGGAUGACGAUGAGGACGACUUUUUGACGGCACCAGCUUCUGCAGAGCCUGCUCAGCCAGCUCCGGCCCGUCGUGGUCGUAAGCCCAAGGACAAGACGGUGGCCUCGACGAGGACCAGCGGCCGACUUCGUGGAGCUUCGCCUGAAACGGAGCCGGAGCCCACGACCCCUAGAGAAGUGCCUGAAAGACUCCGCUUCGGUCUGAGAGGACGAGGAGCUGCCAAAGACGCUGCUACUGUGUCGACCACCCCGUCCCGCUCAGACCAUCCCAGAACCUCCUCAUCAAACAAGCUUCAGGAUUCCUCCAAAUCCUCCAAAGCGUCGUCUCCCGCCAGAGAUCACCAGACGGUCAAAACCAGAACUCAGCCGAACCGCUCCCAUCCCAGUCCAGUGCCUUCCCCUCCCACCAGCUCCCCUCCUGGAGGGAAACACCAGAGUUCUGGGGAGGCUGACGACAAGACCUCCAAAGCAGGCAGAGAGGAGAAGGAUGGGGAGAAUGAGAGGAGAGUUUCUGAGCCGUUGGUUGAGUCCAGCUGCCCAGCGGAGCAUCAGACAAAAGAAGAAGACAACAAGGACCACAGCGCCAUGUCUCCUCCCUCCACCAGCUCCCGGUCGCCUCGUAAGCGUCAGUCAGCAGACGACGAAGUCCUGCGGGGCCUAGUUGAAGAUUCACCUUCAGCCAAAGUCCUGCGGAAGCUCCCAGGCCGGCUGGUCACAGUGGUGGAGGAGAAGGAGCCGAGAAGGAGGAGGCGGCGAGGAAGCGGCACUGGAGGUGGAGGUUCUUCAGAGGAGGCAGCCGUGGAGGAGAACGCUGCUGGAUUCGUUGACGAAUCAAACAAAGACACUGCAUCACCGGGUCCUGAUGGAAAACCUAAAGUGACUGUUACCAAAUCCCCUCAGGAGCAAGACUCCACCCCACCUCCAGCUGUGCAGCCACAGCCUGUCAGAGGUUAUCCUCCUUAUUCUCCACCCCAUCUGUCCCCUGACAUGCCGGUGCUGAGAAACCUUCCUGUGCGACGCCGGCUGGAAACUGAAUCUCGAAUGGCUGCUCAGCUGGGAGAGCAGCUGCUGGGCAGAGGAAGAGGAGGGAACCAGUCCAAGAAAACCGACACGCCGCCGAGCAAAGACGCAGAGUCCAGCAUGAAUUCACUUGGAACUCCGUUGAAAAGAAAAAGGGGCCGGCCCCCUAAGACUCCCCCUAGAAUAUCUGAGACUGACAACACAACAACAACAACAACAACAACAACAACGACUCCUUCACCACAGCCCACCUCACCGAGUGAGGAAGGGAACCCUCCUCUGUCCCCAAAACGGAAAAGAGGUCGUCCUCCUAAAGACUUUGUCACCGCUGCAGACGCUGUUGGUGAAGAACAGAGCUCUGAUGUAUCUGCUGCAUCAAAAACUGAUAUUAGCACAGAGGCAGCAGACGCAUCGGAGACUCCUGCUGCUGUUUUCAACACAAGUCUGGACUCGGAGUCCACCAAAGCUGAGGAAACGGACACUAAGACUGAAGUUUCAGCUCCUGCAGCAAAGACAAACCAAGACUCCACAUCAGUAUCAGCUUCAGACCCGGUAGCCUCACCUUUACCUGUGGCUGUUGCUACCGAGGUUGUUAGUUCAGCUCCUGCUACAGACACGACGUCCUCCGUCAGUCUGUCCACAUGUGCCACUACUCCAGUCGCUGCCACAGCUCCGUCACCGCCUGCCAGCACCGUGUCCUCCACCGCUGCGGGUGAGAAACCAGCGCUCGUGGUUUUUGCAGCUUCCGAGGCUGCCGUCGAGCCAAACUCUUCACCACCGGCGCCCGUGAGAACAACAAGACCAGACUCUGCCAAAACCACCACAGUUGCCACACCAGUUGCUUCCUCUCCACCCAGCGUGUCGCCUGCAGCUCCACCAUCAACAGACCCAAUCGCAAUAGCAGCAACUGGAGCAUCGAAAGCAGCCAGUGAUGCACCAGCAGUCACCACUACAGUGAAAUCACUCACAACAACUGCUGCUGUAAAGGCCACGCCGCAAGUCUCUGCUGCAGCUGCUUCAGCCUCCACCCCACCUGCCCCUCAGAAGCUUCCGGCAGCUUCGCCAAUCCCAGCUACAGCUUCACCAAAACCAACCUUUACGGCUGCAUCGCCUCCACUACAAACAGUCCAAUCUAGCUUAACAGCUCCAGAUCAAACACGUAUUUCAAACUCAAGCCCGACCACGUCUGACGCAGCUUCUACAACACCCCCAGUAACAAAUGUUGCACCACGUACUGUAAAUACACCUCCACCUUCUUCACCCAAAGCAAGGACUGAUGUCACAACUAGCAAAACUCCAACCUCACCAACAACGACGGACAUUCAUGUGUCUGGACAGGUUCAGACAUCUACCGAGUCUAUCAAGUCUUCAGCGACCUCCCCUUCACCUCCGACUACAUCUGCUGCAGCAACUCCAUCACCACAACCAGAGGAAGUUAAAAUACCACCACCUGUACCUGCAGCACCUUCCAAAGCACACACUUCCCCUUCUUCUGUCCCUACAACAGCUGCAGAAAAGACUGUUAAGACCCCAGUAUCAGCCUCCAUAGAGCCCACACCAGCUCCAACAACUAAAUCACCCCCAGAAUCCUCCGCUGCCACCACAACUACACAACUAUCCACUAUUACCGUAGCAACAGUCGCAGCAUCCACCGCUGCUCCUGCGUCCGUCGCACAAAGCAGCGCAGUCAUUUCCCCACAAACCUCUGCAGCCACAUCUGCUCCCACAUCUGGUGCUUUACCUGAGAAGCAGCCCGUAGAGCCGACGCAGGAGGAGUCUGAAAGUGAGCCGGACAGGCCGACGGAAAUGGAAGUAGAUGCUGUGGAGGCCGAAGCAAAGAAUAGCAAAGAGAAGGAUGGUAAAAAGCGGGACGUCUCCAAGUCUCAGCCUAAAAGAAGAAAAGCGGAGCGUUCCUCUGAGAGCAAAUCCAGCGAGUCGGGAAGGGACAGAGGAAGAGAGGCGAAGACUCAAACCAAUCCUCAGAAAGAAGAAGCUAAGCCACAAACUGAGGAGAAAAGUACAGAAGAUCAGAAAACUCCCAAUCAGAGAAGGUCCCUCAGUCGGCAGAGCAGCCAGGAGUCGACGCGCUCCUCCUCGCCAUCAUCUGGCUGCUCUACGUCCACGCUGACCCGCCACGCUCAUCACAAGAGGACGUAUGAGAACAGACAUCCUGCCAAGAGGAGGCGGAUGGACGUCACCUCAGAGGCCGGGACAGAGGAGAAAAAGGAAGAGGGUGGGGGGAAGGAGGAAGGAGGUGAGACGGAGGUCAGCGCUGCCGUCUCUAGAAGGAGGCGCUCCAGGUCUCCCUCCUCGUCCUCCGACUCUGACAGCAGCAGCGGCAGGAAGGAGCACCGGCUGACUCGCUCAGCCAAGCGCAAGCUGCAAGACGAGGAGACAGAAAAAGGCAGCAAGGAAAGGAAAGGAACGAAACUUUCACGCAGCUCAGAUAGAAACUCCUCGAACAACGCCAACGCUUCCACAGGAGGAGAGUCGGGCAGCGACACGUCUUCUGUUCGGCUCACCAGAAAGUCUGCGGGAUCUCAGCCUCCACAGGAAAGCAAACCGCAGACCAACAGCGCUCCCCCGCUGCCUCCUGAGCCAGAAGUUCUGGGGAAAAGAUGCUCGGCGCUCAACGCAGCCGCCAAGCUUCUGGCGAUGAAAGGCAGAGUGGACACACCGGGUCACACCACCCGCAGAGACUCAGGAGCUAAAGCUGCCGGGACUUCCACCGCCUCCCCUUCUGACAAAAACCAAAAGCCUAAAAGUAGAAGUGUACCAGCCUCUCCCCAGACCAACUCUGUACCUCUCACCAAUAACAAAAACGGUGGCAGCAAACCUGUAACGCCCAAUCAGACGAGCCGCCCUGCGUCCCGCUCCACCAGACAGUGUCCCGGUUCUCUGGUUCCACCUCUAGAGGACGAGUACAAGAGGUCCAGACCGGAGGACAAAGACAGGGGCAGAAGGAAGCCAUCGAGGGCAAAGGAAGGCGAAGGAGAGGCUCAGUCUACGUCGCGUGGCCACAGCGCCUGCAGCAGCAUGAGCAGCGACGGCGAGGGCGACGGCGGCGGACGCAGCAGCCGGAGCCGCAGCAGCAGCAACAGCAGCCAGCGGACCCACAGCAUCAGCUCUCAGAACACGGAGCGCCGAGGGUCCCGGUCACGCGCCGCCUCCUCCGGCAGCGAACGCAGCUCCGAGCGGGCCAAGAGUCGGGACACAAAAGAGAAGCAGCAAAGGGAGAGCCGGAAGGACAGCAGGAGGUCUCAGAAGCUGCCGCAGGAAGUGACGAGCAGCUCGGGGACUGAGGGGACGCCGGACCGGGUGCUGAGGAGCGUCGCGGCACUCGCGGCGGUUCAGGCCCGGUCACCGGCCGCCAGCACCCGCUCCUCCUCCAGUCAGCAACGUCACAACAAGACAUGAUCGCAGUGCCAAAGGGAAAAGCCAGAGUGUUGCCGAGCAUGUCACGACCUCCUGCUUUGUCUGCACUCCGAGGGAAGCAAGGGAACUGAGUGCUGCACAAGCCAGGGACCUCCCUGCCUCUCGGGCCCUCUCCCUUUCUAACUGGAGCUGGUCCCCUCGCCAGCUCACACAUUGACGCUGGGGGAAGGCUCAGGGAUGCUUGACUGACAGUAAAAAAUAAAGUGGCGCCGUUGUCGUGCGUCCGUAGACAGACAGAGAGGCAGAGCGGUGGAGAAAUCCAUCGCUGGGACUUGAAGGAGCAAAAGGUAAAAAAAAAAAGGCGAGUUGUUGGUUCACAUUAUGUACUGUAAUCAUUAAAGACUGGAACACUCAGAGCCUCUGUGUUAAGAUGGGAUUAUACAGCGCCCUCUGUUGGGGUUAUACAUGAAAAGUCAUUUGUGUGACAUUUAAAUCUUUCGAGUGACCAGUUGUAUUGUAAGUUGGAGGUUUUAGAAAGCCUGGGUUUUGACAGAUUUCGUCAGCUGUCCUGACUAUCGUUUCUUUGUAGUCAGUUGAUAAGUUAUGCAUAUUUUAUUAUUUCUUCCGGGGUAUUAGGAAGAGAACAGAUCUGUCAAUGUGAUCUUUGCUGCACUAUGCUGGAGCUUGUCUUUGCUUGGGCCCCUUUUUGUUUUUCCCACGUCGAUUUCUGUUCGUUUGGAUUCAGAUCCAGCCUUGCAUAUCUCAUUUGCACAUCUGACAACGUGGCCCUCGGCUCUGAGUACAUUGUGGUGUGGUGAAGCGUUUUGUACGUCAACUUAAUUAAUUGGUACUUGGCGAUGUAUCUCUACGGAAAUGUAUUAAUUGAAGUCGCAAAUUGUCUGGAAGGCGUUUUGCUUUACACCACAAAUCCAUUGUUUUUUUUUCUCUCCCCAAAGGCAGUUACAGUCGUCGUGUAUUUAUGCUGUGAGGGCGAGUUAGUGAAAUUUAAAGAGUGCCUCUUUGGCCAAAUGGUUUUGAACCUCAGAUUGCCUUGUGAGGGGUGUCGAGCUUCUCUUGUUUAAAGAAACAAAAAAAGCCAAACAAACUUUAAAAAAAAAAAAAAAGGAAAAACACACAACUCCCCUGCAAAACAUUCAGAAAAGCAUCAGUGCUACCAAAUUAAUGUUUAUUUUCACUUGGGAUUUUGUCACCAUCACUUCAUUGCUCUUGGUUCAUGUAAUAAGAAAAAAAAUACUUGGACGAAACAUGUGAAUAAAAUUACUGGUACAGUUCCAGAUGACUGUAAAUUGUCGAUUUCCUUUCGGACUCGUUGAGCAGCGGUGACACCUGGCGGGGGACGGACGGCUAGUUUAUGGUGAUGGUCUUACUUUCUGAUUUGUCUCUCUUUAUUUGUUGCAUUCCUUUUGAUCCCUUGUAAUUCCACAUUGUUUUACUUGAAAAUUAAGACAAUUACAGUUGAAUAAAAAGACCAAAAAUUA